UGAUGUAACUGUGGGAGAGAAAUUGAGGGAGAGAGAGAGUAGAGAGAGAUAUACGAACAUCAGAGAUUCAAAAGGGGAGAGAUACAAACAAGUCUGAGCAGAAAAUGAGGAAAUUCGAUCCAUGGCCAGUGUUCUUCAAGCGAGAAUGGAACCGCAACUGGCCUUUUCUUGUCGGUUUCGCCAUCACUGGCACUAUCAUCACCAAGUUCUCUCUCGGUCUUACUGACGAGGAUGCUAAGAAUUCUCCCUUCGUGCAGAGACACAAGAAGUGA